UCUGGAUACGACAUUAGUUUGUAUGAGGCCAACUAUUCCCUGUCAGAUUAGUCGGCCCUAAGGCAAUUUUAAAGCUAAAAUUUGUAUGAAAAUUCUUCCUUGGCGUUAUUUUUCUACUAGAAAUACAUUUUUCUGACCCUAAUUUAAACUACUUUCUAUGAAUUUUCAUAUAUUUUCACCAAAACUUACCAUUAUAAUAUAAAAUUAUCAUUAGACACAAUUUUUGUAUGAUAUUUUUACACUACUUGUAAGCAAAAGUGAUUUUCAUUUAGAUAAAGUACUAAUUUGAUUUGGGAAAAAUAAUUUUCAUUCAUAAUUUUUAUUCCAAAAGGGUGUUCAUUUCUUCUGCAAACCCAUAUUGUCAUGCCUACUCCCCCAUUCUGUAAUACAAAGCUCAAUGCCGUCAACGCGGAUUGCUUGCCCCUGAAUAAUUAUGUAUUUUUCAAUGUGGUUUUAUUCCAAUAAAUAACAUUUCACUGGUGAAGUGAGAUGGCGUUUGCUAGCAACAUUCUUGAACAAUGUAGCUUUUGCCCCGAUAUAUGCAAUGAGGAAUUCCAUCACGUUCUGGUCCCCUCCCACCAUGAGCAAAAUCUAACAACCAUCCUGCAGAAGUUGAGCAAUUGCACUUCCCAGUUGAGCAGUUAUCCUACAUGCGGAAAAUGUCGCCAAGAAUUCAUAGCGGUCCACAACAUUCCCGAAAGCUGCUUCCAAAUGUUGCCCAGCACCAAGCCGACUGAUGGCAUCAAGAUGGAUCCAGAGUUAAUGAUCGAGGAUCACGAACUGCCGGGUAAUGGAAAGGUUUUUGAGAGGGACCCAACAGUGGGCUUUGAGCCGAUUGAGUCGGGAAACGACAUACAAAUAAAAAAAGAAAACGAGGAGGUAUUUUUCAUCACCGAGAUGGACGAAGCCGACAAUAUGUCAAUAAUUCAGGUUGCUGAAACAAGUACACAGAGGAAAUCCGAUUUAAAUGCUUCACGGGAGAAAGUUCUUUCACCUUCAGUACACCAUGAAUGUAAGACGAGCCUCACGGAAAAAGGAAAAAACCCAUUUAAAUGUGAAAUGUGUGAAAAAUCCUUUGCAUCAAAUGUCAGACUAAAAGUGCACUUUCGAAUCCAUACGGGUGAACGUCCCUAUUCGUGUCCACAUUGCCAGAAAGCUUUUAGGGAUCCUUCAACGCUCCAAGUGCAUAUUCGGAUCCAUACGGGCGAACGACCCUAUACUUGUCCACAUUGCCCGGAAGCGUUUAAACAAACUACAGCACUCCGAGGCCACAUUCGGACUCACACGGGUGAACGUCCCUAUAUUUGUCCACAUUGUGCGAAGGCGUUUAAAAAGCCCACAGCGCUCCAAGAACACACUCGAACUCAUACGGAGGAACGCCCCUUUUCUUGUCCACAUUGUCCGAAAGCGUUUAAGUAUACUUCAACACUCAAACAUCAUAUGCGAAAAACUCAUGCGGGUUGGUUGAAAAUUAAUAAACGGAGAGAAAGUGAUUUGGAUGAUUCACAGAAGGAAGACCAAAUGCGGUUACACACGGAAGAAUCCUCGUUUAAAUGUGAAAAGUGUGAGAAAACAUUUAGUUCAAAAUAUGGACUUAAAAUCCACGAUCGAAUUCAUACGGAUGAACGUCCCUAUUCGUGUCCAUAUUGUCAGAACGCAUUUAGGUAUUCUUCAACGCUCCGAGAUCAUGUUCGAGCUCAUACGGGCGAGCGUCCCUAUUCUUGUCCACAUUGUCCGAAAGCGUUCAGUCGACCUAAAACGCUCACGCAUCACAUUCAAACGCAUACGGGUGAUCGUCCCUAUUCUUGUCCUCAUUGUCCAAAGACGUUUAUACAAAGCACAGCGUACAAACAGCACAUUCGAAGUCACAAAGAUGAACGUCCCUAUGCUUGUACACAUUGCCCAGCAGCGUUUAAGAAUCGUAAAACGCUCCGAGUGCACAAUCGGAGUCAUACGGGUUGGCUGGAAUCGAAAAAACAAAGAAUAAGUGAUUUGGAUGCUUCGCAGAAGGAAGUUCACGCACCUUCGGUACAUCAUAAAGGUAAAAAAGGCUUCACAGACGAAAGUUUGAUGAAAGAUCACAUCCAGUUACCCACGGGAGAGAAACCUUUUCAAUGCGAAUUGUGCGAAAAAGCAUAUACCACAAAAAGCGCUCUAACCCUGCACCUUCGGACUCAUACGGAUGAACGUCCCUUUCCUUGUCCACGUUGUCCGAAAGCGUUUAGACAAAGUACAGCGCUCGAAACGCACUAUCGAACACAUACAGAUGAACGCCCCUAUCGCUGUCCACAUUGUCCCAAGGCGUUUAAGCAGUCCUCAACUCUGCAAGGGCACAUUCGUACUCAUUCGGACGAACGUGCCUAUUCUUGUCUACAAUGUGCGAAGACGUUUAAGCAAUCUACAACACUCCAACGGCACAUUCGAACUCAUACAGAAAAAGUUUCGUAUCCCUGUCCACAUUGUUCCAAAACGUUUACUAAAUCUGCAGCGUUACAUACACACAUUCGGAUACACACCAAGGAUCAGUUCGAAAAAGAAACAGAUAGCUCGGGGCAGGAAUCACAGGUAAUCAAGAAAAAAGAGAUAACUACUUGCUGAAGAAUCUCUUUGUCACUGAAAGUUGACUGUAUGUGCUCAAUAAAGAAGAAGAUUUUGAAGAAU